AUGAGAACACACACUGGAGAUAAACCUUUUAAAUGCGAUGUGUGUGGAAAAGUUUUUAGUUAUCGUCAAAUCUUAAAGGAACACAUGAGAUUACAUACUAAUGAUAAACCUAAUAAAUAUGAUGUUUGCGAUAAAGUGUUUAAUCAUCGUCAAAUCUUAAAGGAACACAUGAGAUUACAUACUAAUGAUAAACCUUAUAAAUGUGAUGUUUGCAAUAAAGUGUUUAGUUAUCGUCAAAGCUUAAAGUUACAUAUGAGAACACACACUGGUGAUAAACUUUAUAAAUGUGAUGUAUGUGGUAAAGGGUUUAGUCAGAAUGGUAACUUACAGAGACACAUGAGAACACACGGGAGAUAA